AUGUUGGAUGCAAUUGAUGAAUUCUUCGAUUUCGUUCUCAUUACCAAUCGACGUUCGCCGAGCGAGUGGAAUCUUUUACGAGAUGAAGCCUUGCAUUGGACAAAUGAGUUCUUUCAAGAAUAUCGUUUACAGGUUGAUGUGCUUGGUGAUGAAGCACAAAAACAACUUCUUGCUCAAUGUUGUCAACAACGCGACCGACUAGCGAAGAAAAUGUUUGCCUAUAGAAAAGGGCGAUCCGAAGAAUUACAGAUGCAGAUUUCGAGUGUCAGUUUAGUCAAUGCCAUACAACCAUUUGAAAUAUCUGAUAACAAGAAUUAUUUUCGCCUGCUCAUCCAAGAAGAAAUUGUUCGACCUACUCUAAGUCAAAUCUUUGACCAAAUCAGUCAUCAAGUCAGUGAACAAGUCGAUCAACGCUUACUUGUACGACGAACCACUCGAAAGAAUGAGUUAAUUCGAGCGGCUUACCGAGACUUUCUCAAUCAUAUUAAUAUUGUCGAUGAAAAACGUCGUCGCGAGUAUUUUAAGAAAUAUUCAUUUCGAGAAAUCCUUGCGGGAAUAAGUGGGGUUUUAAAUGCUGUUGGCACGAUUUUUGCUAUUACAGAAUUGGAAGUCGACGACUCUGAUAAGCACGAUAGUGGAGACGGAUUUGAACAUGAUCUUAGGCAAAUUGAACAAAAUUUUGCGAGUGUUGGUGAACGUAUUAAGCGAAACAUUCGUGACGGACUUGAAGCGAAUGAGAUCUUUUUCAAAGAAAAAAUUCAUGCCUACCAUAAAAUUAUUUUAGCCACUAUGGAUCGUCGUCAACAAGCGUACCGACUGACACGCUUGUUUGCGGGCGAGUUUGCUCGUAUUGAAUGUCUUCUGGUCGCUAAUGCAGAUUUAAUCAAGCGUUAUGGACGUACACCGAUGAUCGAUAUGGGUACAGUGUUAGGUCGUGGUGGCUUUUUCUCCACUCAUCCUGCGUCAUGGAGCUCUGAGCGAGAUCUUGUAGCAAAAGUUCUUUUGCAUCCGGCAGGAUCACCGGCUGUCGCUUACAUGGAGGCACACUUUCAUCGUGCAAUAACUCGACUUAAUAUAGAACGCAUCGUUCCACUACGUGCUCUCUAUCAUGAUAGUCAAAGUGGUGGAUUGUAUAUUUUUCUACCACGCUAUUCGAUGAGUCUACAUACGUAUUUAACUGCUCACAUGGCCGAUCUAUCUAUGAACGAUGCUGUACGUAUUGUACUUCAUGUAAGUCGAGCUGUAGCAGAAAUGCAUGCACAACAUCUUAUUCAUCGCGAUAUCAAAGCUCAAAAUAUUUUGCUUGACAAUGACAAAAAUAUUUAUCUAGCUGAUUUCGGAACGUGCCAACAUGGUAACGAAAACAUGACGAUCAUUGGAUCACGACCCUUACCACCAGAACUAAAUAAUGCUUAUACAUGGGCUAACUUCUCUUACGAAGGUACUGCAGUCGACGUAUUUUCACUUGGCAUCUUGAUGUAUAUGGUGGCUCCGAAAGCAGUCUAUUAUCAACCGCUUGAUAUCAUUACGACCGCCGAGAUCCGUACACUAACUCAUCUACCUGAACGAUAUAAAAUAUUGAUAAUUAAUUGCAUUAAUUCCGAAGCUAAGUUACGACCAACGGCUGCCAAAGUUGUCGAACAGCUUGAAAUGAUUGCUGAUCAAGUGGUCAAAGCCAAAGAAUGUCUCAUGUGUUUCGAACAUCCCAUCUUCCAUCGAUGUUUUCCGUGUGGUCAUAAGACAGUAUGCGGCAAAUGCCUGUCAGAUCUACGACAGCGUGCGACAUUAACAAAUCCGCCACAGUGUAUUCUUUGUCGACAAGCUAUUGCGACUGCGCAAGAGGAUAUUGACAAUUGUACCUUUGCUGAAGUUCACCUCAUGCCUUGA